AUGUCUGCUUUUCUUAAGGCUGUCUUUAACUGGACCAUGGAGAACACGACAGAUUACGGAUCCGAGCCUCCGUCCAUCGACCAGGAUAAGAUGCAGUGGCUACGAACCGCCUGGGAGUCCUUUGUGGUGGACGGGGCGACUCUGCUGCGACGCGCCCUAACGAUGCUAGAAAAAGGAUCCCAAGACGAUCAGGUUCUUGUUCUCAAUCAUUUGACAGAACUAGUGGAAGAUAUUGACAAUGCUAAUGUUCUGAAGCAUCUAGGCGGCUGGGCUAUUAUCUUCAAUCUAGCUGAGAGCUCCCCUUCUGCUGAUGUGCGAAGGGCUGCUCUCCGCUCUCUAACUGCCGUGCUGCAUAACAAUGAACGGGGAGUCCAAGAUGGACUGGACGAAGGCCUUGUACCGGUUCUUGAUCGACUGCUUACUAAUGUAUCCACCGCUGGUACAUCUAAGCAGCUGGUUGGGCUCAUCAGCACUCUUACACAAAGCCCCCGUUUCGUUCUUGAAUAUGUGAAAGCACACCCACAGAACCCGAGCAAUCUUAUUGCCCUUUGCAAACAGCUUGAUCCAUCUUCUCCUCGCCUUGCUCACCUUCUCAGUACUCUCGUGGAACGGAUGAGACUAGAGCCACCUUCUGACUACAAAGAAUGGAUCUCGAGAUGGCUUGCCGAGGAACUGACCGAUCAGUAG